AUGGAUGCUUAUAAAGAAACAAAAAUAUUAAUCAUGACGAAGUUAUUCAAAGGUCAGAAUGGUGUUUGUGUUAUAAUAUGUAUGAUUGUAAUUGUCGGCCUAUUAUUCGUUCAAAUUACUGCUUUAAUUGUGGAUAUUAUAAAUGUACCAAGAAAAGGUUUAGCAAACGAAGAAAUAGACUUUUUAUUUGGAAUAGUGGUGGAAUCAAGUUUAGCCAGAUCUAAUAGCGUAAAUGAAAUUGACAAUAAGAAAAGAAGGAAAUUGCUAACCGUGGGCGAUUAUCGCCUGGGACCUCGAUCACGUGACAGAUUUAAUAUUUUUGAUUGGCCAGAUUGGCCACAUGAUCGUGUCAUGUUUAUUUGUUUAUCGAAUCUCCGUUUUUCAGUUUUUUCGGUGUCUCAGUUCUCAAGGUCCUUUAGUCCUUCCGGUUCUGUAAUUAAGAUAUUUUAG